AUGGACAAAAUGGUCGAUAAUGAUACCACGCCUGAUGACUUUUCAAGAGUUGACGCUCAAUGUAAAGUUAUUACUUUACGUGACUUACAAAAGAGACAUAGAGAAAAAAUGUUAUUAAAUACAUUGGGUAUUAAAGAAUGGUUUGUCCGAUACUGGUUGAUAACGACAGAUUGUGCUAUGCCACCGCCUUCUGAGAUUUCUCGGAAUGUAGAUUGCUCCAAAAAGAACUCUGAUGGUCACGAGCGUCAACAGCAAUUUUUAGAUAGCCUGCCGAAGAUGUCAUCGUCUACUGUCGAGCAAACUCAUCCAGACAACACCUAG